AUGGAUUAUUCCCUUCAGUCCUAUCAGUCUUUCAUCGGCCGUCCCGUCACAGAGCUUCCAACGCCCUCCCUAGUCUUGAGCAGGCCAAUCUUGGAAAAAAAUAUCAACCAGCUGCUGCAAGAUGUCAAGGACCUCGACAUUACAUUUAGACCCCAUGUAAAAACACUCAAGUCCAUUGAAGUCACGCGAAUGAUGCUAGGGAAUGGCCUGCACCGCAAGAUCGUUGCAUCAACCUUAUGCGAAAUCCGCGGAGCAAUUCCCUUAGUUAAGGAGGGGAUUCUGGAUGAGUGUCUGUACGGCCUUCCCAUCUAUCCCAGUGCUCUCCCCCAUCUCGAAGAGCUUUCCAAGUCAAUUAGGAUUGUCCUCAUGAUCGACAAUGAGCAGCAUAUAGAUGUGCUUGAACAAUACAUUAACAUCUCGGGAAAUGCAGCGCCGUGGCCUGUUUUUAUUAAAGUGGAUGUUGGAUCCCAUCGCGCAGGACUAGAGAAUUCCUCCCCUUUUCUACCUAGACUGGUUCAGCGAGUUGAAACUUCCACGGCUGCUUCUAUUGAGGGAUUCUACUGCCAUGCUGGUCAUUCUUACGGGUGUCGCACACCGGAGGCUGCCGCAGCUGUGCUACAGACAGAGAUUGAGGGUGUGGUGCGCGCUUCCAAAAACGUGCACCUUUCCAGGGACCGCAGAGUCAUUGUUUCUGUUGGAUCAACCCCCACGGCUCAUGUAGUUAACACACUAAGGAAGGGCCUACCGGAUACGAUAGACUUGGAGUUACAUGCCGGAAAUUACCCCGCAAACGACCUCCAACAAGUCUGCACCAGCCUCAUCUCGGAGUCACAACAGGCAAUCCGCAUUCUUGCUGAGAUCUGUAGUGUAUACCCAGAGCGUAAUGAGGCACUUAUCAAUGCGGGAACUGUUGCAUUGUCCAAGGAAACCAGUGACUCACCAGGAUUUGGCCGUAUAGUCGCACAGUCUCAGUGGUCGGUUCUUCGUAUGGCGCAAGAACAUGGCAUUCUGGGUACGACAGACGCAUCCCAGGAGAAAGUUGCAGAGACUUUCAGGCGCACCAUGUAUAUUACGUAG